AUGCCAGUGCUCUUCCAGCCUCACCUGGAAGCAGGUUACAGGGACAAAUUGGUUAACUACAAAAGGGGAAUUAAGAAUUUUCGCAGGCUCAUUGUGAACAUUAUUCUGAUGAUAAAAGCAUGCCGAGGAUUCCGCAGCGCAUUGAAAGGAUUCGCAGGUUUUGACCUGAUAGAGAAAGACUGUCGUCGGCAAAUUGAAGGUGACAUCAAAAGCGCCAAUAUUGUGUUUGAUCGACAUGAAUUCAGCGUUUCAAAGGAACAUUUCCCUUUUAGAGCAAUCCAAAUAACUAAGAAGCCGCCAACAUGGAGGACUGAAUCAGAAAUAAAGCACUUGCGCAACCGCUUACAGCUUUUAGAAAGUUUCCGCCAAUAUAGCCCAACGCUGCAGUAUCUGUUGGCCAAAGUUAUUCGCUUUGAACGAUUUGGCCGCAGAAGAGUGGUCAUUAAAAAAGGGCAUGAAGCAACUGCCUUUUACUUCAUUUAUUAUGGUACAGUCGCUAUCACAGAUGAUGAUGAUGGUAGCAGUGCCUUUGUGGAAACAGCUCCAACUACAAUUCAGAGGGGUGCUUCUUUUGGUGAAAUUGCCCUUUUGCAAAAAACAAAAAGAAUCGCCACUGUUGUCUGUAUGGAGGAAACGGAAUUGCUGGUGGUGGAUAAAAAGGAUUUUUUCGCCUAUAAACUAGAUAAGGAACUUCAACGGGAAUUCAAAGUUCGCUAUGACUAUUUGAGGGCUAUAGAUCUUUUUCAAACACUGCCUGAUUCUUCAAUAGAUAAAAUAGCUAAUUACUGCAAAGUUGAGAGAUUCUAUUGUGGACAGGUGAUUACCACUGACCUUGCAGAAACCCACAGUAUGGUAUUUAUUACCAAGGGCAUUUGUGAAGUAUUGCGACUUGUUAACCUCAGCACUUGUCCAUCUUAUCAAAAAUGGAUCAUUAAACAGCUGCAUUUUCCCAAAAACAAAAUAUCCACAAAAGAAAGGUACCAUAUGAAUUCUGGUAUGUUACAUGUUGACUUCUUUAAAGGUGUAAUACUUGACAUUCUCUGUGUCAGUAGGCAUGACAGAGAAGGAUGCCAAGACCACCACCAGCCCAUCUACUGCUGGUAUUUGCAGUGCCUCAGUGAGUUCCGGGGCCACGUUAUAAAACGUCUUGUCGCCCCCACUCGGUUUGGGAUAUGUCCCUGUGAUGAUGAGCUGUGUCAGAUCUUCCUUCGACAGAAUGCCUGGGAAAUGUUUAAGAAAGAUCUAUUGAAACUUGUGAUGGAGCCCAAACUCAUGAAGAUGGUACAUCCUCCACAUCCAUGCCCUACAGCUGAAGUCUACGAUUCCUGGAGUUUGAAUCAAGAAGGAAUUUUGGAUCUUUCUUCUUUGUGUUACAGAAUACCACGGCCGCCACCUAAACUCAAAUAUGUUCCUAUUCAAUUAACCCAAACAAGAGAAAGUCUACCAGUUGUUCUACCAAAGCUGAUUCAUGGCAUCUCAGUUGUGCGUCCCAAUUUGGAUGGCGCAUUUUAAUAGCAUCAGGGUUUAGAUGCAUAAGUCAGCCAUGUAGGCGCUGUUCUAAAAGACUGAAGGAUGAUGAUACUACUUACGUGUUUAUGGCUAUUUGUACAUAAAGAUGCAUUUAAUUGCCAAAGACUACAUUUCUUUUUAUAAUUGACACAAUGAUUUGUGAAUCUAGUCCAUUUCAUUUUUUCUGAUAUUGCAGGGAAACAAAUUUCUUUUAUAAGGUAGGUUUCCCCAUGAAUAUAUAUAUGCAUCAGUAAA